GCACCGUAUAUAAGUCGCAUCUAUUUCUGCAGAUAUCCUCUUGGUGAGACCUGUUACCAAAUCUACACAAUGAUUCUAUUCCCUCGAUACCAUGUAUUCGAAAUCGGUGACCAGUCCUGGUGUCCCGAGUGGGUAAGGGCUUACAUCCAAUCAUAUUUAACCGAAGUCUGGAAUUUGCACAUCCCACCCUUCAGCAAGACUUCCCCAGCGGGUGUGGCGGCCGACCUCAUUAUUGAGGCUUUAUCGGAUGUGUCUUUCUACACCUUUGUGGAUCUUUGCGCGGGAGCAGGCGGACCAACAGGCACCAUCGAGAAGAUCCUGAAUCGCAAACUUGAAGCUGAAGGCCAGCAAGCUGCUCGAUUUAUUCUCACAGAUCUCUAUCCUCGGCUGGAGGAAUGGGCUGUCAUCAGCAAACGACAGGACACUGUCUCUUUCAUCUCUGAACCACUAGACGCAACCCGAUGCGAGAGAAUCGCCCCUCGAGAUGGAAAGGAAUGCAGGAUUUUUAAUUUGUGUUUCCACCAUUUUGAUGACCCUCUCGCAUCGACAAUCCUGCGGAAAGCCGUAGAGUCAGCCGAUGCUAUCAUGAUUUUCGAGUUUGCCCAACGCGAUAUCACAUCUAUGUUGAAUAUUCCCGUCAUGUUGCUUUUCCCUUUCUGGCACACUAUCUCUAAGUACAGAAACAGUCCGUUGCAUCUGUUUUUUACAUAUGUCAUUCCCUUGAUAUCUUUCGUCCUUGCAUUUGACGGUUGGGUGUCGACUAUGCGUUGUCGAACGUCACAGGAGCUCGAGGAGCUUUUGCGCCAGCAAGAUCUUGAUCUGAGUGGCUGGGAUAUUAAAAGUGGGAAACGCAUGUUGUUUCAGCCCUUUGUGCAAAUGCAUUACUUUAUGGCAGUGAAAAAGCAUACUGAUUGAUCAGUGUGCGCUGCGUACUUCGAUCUUUGAAUUCUCAAAGUUUCGGGGUGGAUAGGCGUUAUGCGCCCUAGUACGAGCGAAGUGAGGCCGUCAUUUACUAUGUAUCAUAAUGAUGGGAAGAAGAGGAAGGAG